CAUUCGUUGAUAUCACUGCGUGGAUUUAAUGGUGCUUACUUGCAACUUGUUGAUGUAUUCCGUGCACCUUAUGAUUAAGUUUCUAGUUUAUAAUAAUAGCUUGCGAAAACAUAACGUUUGGUUUCUUAGCAAGUUAUCAUGAAUUUAGACAAUGAUAUACAUAGUUUUGAUAAUUGUUCAAAUUCUGGCAGCGGGGUGUCUGAUAAAAUGUAGCCCUAUAGUAAACGGAAUUUAUCAACCAACCGAACCAAACGAAGGGGAGUUUCCGUACCAUGCAAACAUAAUGCACAAAUUAUUGAAAUUUAGCAUUUGUGGAGGCUCUCUCAUUCACCCUUAUUGGGUUUUGACAGCAGGACAUUGUUUUCUUGAGAGCAAAUCUCAAACACUCUUCAAACCGGCCCACCGUUAAACUUAUACCGCUUCAUACGAACAACAACGAAAAUUUAGUUGGAAAAACGGUUUAUCUCACUGGCUUUGGUGCAAUAAACGAUAUGAACGUCAUCCCAAAAAGACUGAGAGUAGCUAUAUUACAUGUUGAUAAUUACACUGGAUGUUUCGAUAACCCCCCUCCUAAUAACUCGGAAAUUUGUGCUGCUUCAAGCCUUUCAGAAGGAAAAGCUUGUCGGGGAGACAGUGGAGGUCCACUCGUAUUUCUCAAAAAAAAAAAGUAUUACCAAGUUGGUCUGACUAGUCAUCUAGCCUUAUUACCAAUCUGUAGAUUGAAGUACAACAAUUCUGUACAUACACGAGUUUCAGCGUACAUUUCGUGGAUUUCUAGUGUAACAGGAGUCAAUUUUUUCAGACCCAAAAAGCAAAGAAAUAGUAGUUGAAGUGUGAAUAUUGCAAUUAUUUGAUGUUUUAGUAGUAUAAUGUAGUAUCUUUACUAUUAUAAUACGUAUAAUGUUAUCCUUUAUUAUUAUUUGAGUGAAA